AUGGAUCUUCCAGUUGUGGUUGAUUCGAACGACGAUGAAAUAGUCUCCCACGAACUAGAGCAAAUGAGGAGUAUAUUGGAAGAGGCGAUUUUGGAAACGCGCAGCACCCCUCUCGAAAAUCGACCGCGACUUCCCCGCAUACCCUUAAGCAAGCGAAAUCGGGCUGUCGUGAGGGCUCUUAACCCAAUGCUGGUGACCUAUUUGGAAGCCAGCCGGGACCUUUGCGAGACGGACUCGAUUCUCUUUGGCGCCGCAGUGGCAGUUUGCCGUAUUAUUGGCGCCAAACUUCCCAUGGCUGGACGCGCUACUACACAAAGUAACGCCAUCCCAGCCUGGAGGAAAAGAAUCGAGGACCGUAUCGCAAAGGCAAGGGCUCUUAUCGGCAGACUGACAAGCUUCAGGUCGGGUAAUAAUAACGAGGAUUAUGCGCACCGUUAG